UUCUCACACGCUCUGCCAUGUUUAUCUCACUAUUUAUUCUUGUUGCAGUUACUGUGACUGAGGAGCAUCCAACAGUGUCGCAGGGUACAGUUGCAGAUGGAGACACUGUUCACCCUGCACGCAUUUAUGGACCUUUGACUAGUGAACUUAGAGUUGGGGAAGAUUUUGAAGUGAAGUGCAGCACAUUUGGAUUAAAGAAAGAUGAACACAUCUUUGUUUACCUCUGCAAGAACGGAGUUGGUAUAAAAAUGAUGGAAACCAAAAAAGUGGACUCUGAAAUCACUAUAAGAAAUGUCCAAAAAGACCACACUGGAAACUACAGCUGUGUGUUCUCCAGAACACGACACCCCACAGAGGUGAAAGGAAAGGGAGAAAAUGUCAUCUCCCUCCAAGUGACAGAUAAAGUAUUCCCAGCAUGGAUAGAUGUGAAUCAGUUCACAUCCCAGUCCCACAGUGUAACAUCAGGGACAGACGUGCUUUUUGGUUGCAGGUCAGAAAAUGCCCCAGCCUCUGUCAUUCUCAUGGCAUUCCUAUGUAGGAAUGAAACAAUCAUUGAUGUUGAACUGUGGGAUUCUCAGAAGAAACAGGCCAGUUUCCUUCUAAAAAGAGUGCAGAUUGGCGACACAGGUAGCUAUGGCUGUUUGGUGUCUGACCAACCUAUGGCUGCAAGAAAGUUGGACACGUGUGGAAAGAAUUCAGUGCCUCUGCAGGUUGAGAAUGGAGAACUGGAUGAGUUGGAUGAAUGUGCGUCCAGCGGAGCUGCAAUGGCCCCCCUGUACCUGCUGCCCUCCCUCGUCCUGCUCGUCCUCCUGGUUUUACUGCUCUGGAGGAACGGGAUACACAAGCAGAUGAGAUCUCCAAAGGUCACAACUGAAAGUGCACAUUUUCACACACCUGAACAGACCUCAACAGCGCAAAAUCAUUUUGAUUUUACUAACACAGGGCUACAGAUCCCCAUGCAAACGUUUUACGCAACAACUGGACAACCUAGUGUGAAUAGAACUGAUACAGGGCUACAGAUACCUGUGCAAACAUUUUACACAACCAGUGGAGUGCCUGGUGUGGACGGGACUGAUACAGCAACGUCACACAACAUACAACAAGAUCAAGGAAACGACAUAAGCUCCAAUGAGUGGAGUGACGAUGAAAGUUAUCAGGAUAUAGCCACAUACCAGGAGAUACCCGACCUCACUCAGGAGGAGGCUAUAAUAGCAGCUAUCAACGCAGACCCAAGAGAAUCAUUGGUAAGACCUCGAAUAAGUGCGACAUAUGCAACAUCGAAGAGACAAAAGAAGCCCACCUAAACCUACGGAACUGUAUCACCAUACGUUUUAGCACAAUUUGUAUUCUUGAAAUUCAGUGUAAUAUUUUGUAAUAAUGUGUGUAAUGUAACAACAUUAUGUAUGUGUGGCCUCAAUUUAUAUGGCAGACAACGUGCAAAGUUUGAAUGUGUUCUUGUGAGUAUUGAGCUGAAUCAUCAAAGUUUGCAAAGUCUCACUCAUGGUGUUAAAUUAACAAAUUGGUUUUGCCUUGUUACGAAAUUCACUUUAGUUAGACUCAAGACUUUGCACUUGACCCAUCAUCCAAAUUAGAGUCUUAUACCUGAAUGCUGAUGCAGUAGAGGUUUUGGGCUAAGUCCAGAGAUUGCUGGACCGCAAACUUAAGAGAUGUGGGGUUUCCAUGGAGACAUGUGACAUGCAGGCCUGCACUUGUAUGGACCCUUUCAAGAGAGUUCCAUUAUCAGCAUCAUAGUUGGCCCCACAAGACUUCCUUUUUAACAUUCC